AUGUGCUAUAUUCCACAGACGAACAUCUUUGCGAAUAUUCCAGACGUCAUCUUCAAUGGCCUCAGAUUCUCCCAAAUCAACUUUCAAACGUCAGGUGUUGCUCAAGGUCUUACCCCAUUAGGAUAUGCCAUUGCCACAUUUUCUGCAGGGAACCAGAACCCAGAGUUCAUACAAACAGCCGGAAAGCUAUACACUGCUGUAAAUGCAGCUUUGAGGAGCAGGGGUGAAAGAGACAUCCUGAAGCAGUUAAAAGUGUAA